AUGCUUAUGAAGCAUAUAUUCAACAUCCAAAUCAAAAAAAAAAUCAAGAAAUUGGCGCGAGAAUUUGACGCUCCUUAUCGCCGCUUGUUGGCACGCGUCAAUGGUCAAAGUGCACUUUCGGAUCGUCCAGCUACGAAUCACAUAUUAACGAAUGAUCAAGAACGUGCAGUAAAAGAGUGGAUUGACCAUCUAGAUCCCUUAGACGCACCUCCUACAAAUCGAAUGAUUGUAGGCUGCGCAAAUGCCAUUCUCCAGUCUGCAAAUCCGUACAAAAAUGCUGUCUACGGUUGGCCCAAAAUUGGGUAUAUCGAUUUCUCAAGCGACUACUCUCCACGUACAAACGAGUUGAAGAAAAACCGAUUGACCCCAAGCGGCUUGAUGCAGAGGACCUUGGGGUCAUACAAACUUGGUUGGAUCGUCUUGAAAUUCAAGUUCCUAUUAUCGAGAUUACACCUUCAAAUAUUUGGAACUUUGACGAGACCAGAUCUCGCAUUGAACAAGGCAAAAAAGAAUCCAGCCGGAAAUGUGGUUCCUCCACUUGUUAUUAUUGCCGGUAAGAAUCACUUGGAGGAAUGGUAUCACCAUCUUCCAGAAGAGGAUUAUAUCGUCGCUUUUUCCGAGAAAGGCUUCCUAAAUGCCGAUCUUAUAUACGAAUGGCUUCAUAAUUUUGAUAUUUCAACUCGGCAAUACGCGAGAAAUGAUGAUAUUGCUUUUCAGGCCUACAAGCAUUACCACGGGUUGGCCGUUAACAAUCAGGCGCGUGCUGGAGGCUAUGAUUUUGACAAGUAUGACUUCCUUUUUCAUCUGCCAGCCGUUCGCAAGCAAACCUUUACAACAAGGGACAUACGCGCCGGUUUCCGCGAUGUAGGGAUACAUCCAUAUAACCCGGAAAUUGUGAUGAAUAAGCUUAAUGCCUCCGAGGUUAUUGACGCCGUUCCUAUAUUGAAAAUUUUUGAUGGCAAUGAGCAAGACAUCCCGAGUUCACCCACCACAAAGCCGACCUCACCACCACUUGACACGCGUAAAAUCGGCCGCUGUGUUAAAAAGAUUGAGAAGGAUUUGAAUGGGAUGAGAGAGCAAAUCAAGGAUAUAAGCCCGAAUCUAGAGCGCCGUGUUCGCCGGGCUAUGAAAGGAAGCCUUAUUAACGCUCGAUUACACGCGCAAAUGAAGCAACAGGUCAACCAGCUCUUAGACGUCAACCGGCGCAGCGUACGAGAUGCCAAUACAGAAAUUGAGGACAGGAAAGCGCGAGAAAUUGAGGAAAGAGGGCGGAUUCUAGAGCGGGCUGAGAAGAGGCGAAUUGAAGCCGCAAAAAAGAUGGCACAACCACUCGCCGACCCACCCGAUUUAUUUACUUUUUUGGAGGAGUGUAAUGAGCCGGAUGCUCCAGCAGCUGAAACUCGCUUUUACUAUCUAGAUUCGAUACCUUAG